AUGUCCUUUUGUGUCCUACAAGCCGCCGGCGGCGCCGCCGAGUAAGGGGGACGAUCGCGGCGCGGCGCGGGGCCCGAGGAAGCGGCGCCUCUGCGAGGGCGGCCCGUGGCCCCGGGGGGCUCUCCCCAUCCAUGCCUGCGCGCCCAGCCCGCCGGAGCCCCAGGUGACCAGCGCCAUGUCCAGCCAGGUGGUGGGCAUCGAGCCCCUCUACAUCAAGGCCGAGCCCGCCAGCCCUGACAGCCCGAAGGGUUCCUCGGAGACCGAGGCCGAGCCCCCAGCAGCCCUGGCCCCUGGCCCUGCUCCUGCCCGCUGCCUCCCAGGCCACAAGGAGGAAGAAGACGGGGAGGGUGCCGGGUCUGGGGAGCAGGGCGGUGGGAAGCUGGUGCUCAGCUCCCUGCCCAAACGGCUCUGCCUGGUGUGCGGAGACGUGGCCUCUGGCUACCACUAUGGCGUGGCGUCCUGUGAGGCCUGCAAAGCUUUCUUCAAGAGGACCAUCCAGGGGAGCAUCGAGUACAGCUGCCCGGCCUCCAACGAGUGCGAGAUCACCAAGCGGAGACGCAAGGCCUGCCAGGCCUGCCGCUUCACCAAGUGCCUGCGGGUGGGCAUGCUGAAGGAGGGGGUACGUCUGGACCGCGUUCGGGGUGGACGGCAGAAAUACAAGCGACGGCCUGAGGUGGACCCGCUGCCUUUCCCGGGGCCCUUCCCCGCUGGACCCUUGGCUGUAGCUGGAGGCCCUCGGAAGACUGCUCCCGUGAACGCGCUGGUGUCCCACUUGCUGGUUGUGGAGCCUGAGAAACUGUAUGCCAUGCCUGACCCCGCGGGUCCCGACGGCCACCUGCCAGCCGUGGCCACCCUCUGUGACCUUUUUGACCGAGAGAUCGUGGUCACCAUCAGCUGGGCCAAGAGCAUCCCAGGCUUCUCGUCACUGUCCCUGUCGGACCAGAUGUCCGUCCUGCAGAGCGUGUGGAUGGAGGUGCUGGUACUCGGCGUGGCUCAGCGCUCGCUGCCCCUGCAGGACGAGUUGGCCUUUGCUGAGGACUUGGUUCUGGAUGAAGAGGGGGCGCGCGCAGCAGGCCUGGGAGAGCUAGGGGCCGCCCUGCUGCAGCUGGUCCGGCGCCUGCAGGCCCUGCGGCUGGAGCGGGAGGAGUACGUGCUGCUGAAGGCCUUGGCCCUGGCCAAUUCGGACUCUGUGCACAUCGAGGACGCAGAGGCAGUGGAGCAGCUACGAGAAGCCCUGCACGAGGCCCUGCUGGAGUACGAAGCAGGCAGGGCAGGCCCUGGUGGGGGUGCGGAGCGGCGGCGGGCGGGCAGGUUACUCCUCACCCUGCCGCUCCUGCGCCAGACGGCGGGCAAAGUGUUGGCCCAUUUCUAUGGGGUGAAGCUGGAGGGCAAGGUGCCCAUGCAUAAGCUCUUCUUGGAGAUGCUGGAGGCCAUGAUGGACUGAGGCAAGGGGUGGGCCGGGUGGGGGUGCUGCUGGCAGGACACGCCCCGAAGGGGAUCAGCCCCACAGGGGGGGUGCAGUGCCACAGCCUGCUGGCAGGGCCAGGGCAAUACCACCAGCCCCUGGGAAUGGGCCUUCUGCCCUCCUCUCCCCACAGCGAGAGGGCGCCAGGAAGGAAGCUGGGAACGUGUGUCCAGGCUCUGGGCAGUGCUGCCCCUUGCAAGCCAUAAUGUGCCCCAUGAGUGGACGGGGCCUUGCGGAAGCCAUAGGGGGCUGAGGGGACGUGAGGGUGGCAGAUGGCUGGUCUCAGGGAGGGGAAGAGUUGGGAGGCCACAGUCGCCCAGUGGGUGAUGCUUUUGCUGCUGCUUAAUCCGAGUCCCUCUCUAGAGCAGAGUGGGGGACCCAGAGAGCAAAGGCCCUGCCCCCUUCGUUCCUCUCCCUCAUCUGCAUUGGGCAUUACUGCCCCCUCCCCUUGAAGCAAUAACUCCAAGCAGGCUCCAGCCCCUGGAGGUGGCCAGGGCCCCCCCACCCCCCAUCAGCUCCCACUCAACCUCCUCGGGGUAGGGAGAGCCCUGCCUCGACGCCCUGCAGAGCAAUAACACUAUAUUUAUUUUUGGGUUCGGCCAGGAAGGCGCAGGGACACGGGGCAAGCCAGGGGGCCCAGUGCCCGUGGCUGUACAGAGACUCUAUUUUAAUGUAUAUUUGCUGCAAAGAGAAACCGCUUUUGGUUUUGAACCUUUAAUGAGAAAAAAAUAUAUAUAAUAUCAAGCGCAA